AUGUUUCAGGUGCACUUGAAGGGUGUCGCGAAGCAGGGACCUGUGCUGAGUGACAUGACAGUGGACAAGUGGCUUCAGGAAGGGAGCCGAGAGGCAGCAGCCUACCUUUGUGUGCCAGGCGCAGGCGGGGCCGGGGGACGUCGGCGGCGCGGGCCGGGGCGCCGAGCGGCAGCAGGUGAGCGCACAGCAGCAGCGGGAGCACGCGGGCCAUGCUGCGCGCCGGCCGCAGCCUCGCAGCCUCUCGGGACUGCCUGGGGACUUCGCUGCGGGGACGGCCGGCGGGCGGGCGAGGGGCUUUGUCAGCAGCCGCACGCGCUGUCAUCAGCAAGCUCUGUCCCCGAGGCCGUGUGGGGGGCGGCCAGCGGCUCCCGGCAGCCUUCCUUCCCGUCCUCGGGGCGUCCAGGGCCCGCGCCCGCGGACAGACGGGGGAGGACGCGGGUCACCGGCUCAGCCGCGCGUCACUCGGAAGCCCCCGAGCUCCCUCGAGCGCAGCCUCCUCCUCCUCCCCGGGCACAGACCUGCCGGGAGGCCACUGGCAAUCUACCUUCCCCCGGGAGCCGGAAAAGCCAGCGGCUCCGUACCCCGCCCAGCCGGGACCCGCCCAGCAGGGAUGCCGCCCGCCCGUCCGUCUUCAGUCCGUCUGUCUGGGCGCUGUUUACAGCAAAGUUGGGGCGGGGUAGCGGCGGGCGCGCGGUCUCGGGCAGCGCCCGGCCCCGCGCCCUCGCGGCCUCCCUCCCUCCUCGCAGGAGCGGCCACUCCGUGGGGGCGUCGGCGGGGGCGGGGCGGGAGCCCGCGGAAUCUUUAAAGACGCGUGAGGCAGGCACGGGGUGUAGCCCGGGAAGGUCUCUUCAAGGCUCACUCACCAUCAUUAAUCCUUAA